CCGAAGGGUUUAAGCCUCAGCACAGCAGAGUGCCAGAGUACCAUGAUACAGUAUACAAACACCAGAGAGGAAACUAAAGCUAGAAUAGAGUAAAUUUUGCGGUUGUGAAGAGGCAAAAUGGGAAACGAAACAAAAAGUACCACGACAAACGGCGGGACCGCAGCCGGAGCAGCUGGAGGAGGAUUUAGGUCAAGAUUGGAUCAUUACCUGUACAGUGGAGAGAAGAAGCACGUGUUCGCUGGCAUCGUUAUCAUCUCUGCAAUUUUCGGAGUGCCUUGGUAUCUCAUGAAUCGAGGUUCAUUCAAAUUCUUAUCUCUCAUUUUUUUUUAGUUUGUUAUUGCAAAA